AUGAAGUUCACAGCACUGUCCGUCGCCGCAAUGGCAGCAGUCGUCAGCUCCACGGCAAUCGACAUCACCAAGCGUGACACCCCUCUCUCCGUGACAUUGACUCCCCUCGGCAACAGCAAGGUCAAGGCAUCCGUCACCAACACCGGUGUUGAAGGCUACAACGUCUUCUACAAGGGAUCCUUCCUCGACAACGAGGCCCCAGUUGACAAGCUCGAGGUCACCAGCGCAGCCUCCAAAGCCGCCUUCAAGGGCGCCCUCCUCCGCAUGAAGACCACAGACCUCACCGACGCCUCCUUCCUCGCCCUCGCACCCGGCCAAACAAUCGAAACCGAAGUCGACAUCGCCGAGCUCUACGACGUCGAAGCCUCCGACUCCUACACCGUCCAAGCAACCGGCUCCCUCCGCUACGCCGCCGCCGGCACCACCGAGCUCGUCGACGACUCCCUGGCCUUCUCCUCCAACGCCCUCACCAUGGACAUCGACGGCGAAGCCGCCAAGUCCGUCGCCUACGCCGUCGUCUCCCCAGACAGCGUCGAGAAGCGCACCGUCCUCAGCACGAGCUCCUGCUCCUCCUCGCAACUCAGCUCCCUCCGCACCGCUCUCUCUCAGUGCGCCAGCCUCGCCACCACAGCCGCCAACGCCGCCGUCUCGGGCUCUGCCACUACGUUCAAUACAUACUUCCGCACCACUGCCUCCGCAACCCGCAACACGGUCGCCGCCCGCUUCCGCGCCGUCGCGAGCGACUGCAGCUCCACUUCUAGCGGACGCACUACAACCUACUGCAGCGACGUCUACGGCUACUGCACCUCUGGCGUCCUCGCAUACACCCUCCCGGCGUACAACUACAUCGCCUACUGCCCGAUUUUCUACACUGGCAUCCCUGCACUCUCUGGAGCGUGCCAUGGUCAGGAUCGUGCUACGACUGUGUUGCAUGAGGAGACGCAGUAA